AUGUCUCAAUUGGUGGUGCAGACGUUGCUAGGUCGCUCACCUGGUGCUCGACAAGAAUCCUAUACAUUUGUUAUUUUGUUGAGUUUGUUCUUGUCAAAGGAUAAAACGUAUUUAAAUAUAAUAAAGAAACAUCCACCGCUCCGCCGUCAAGUUGACAGGCGCGGGACACGGUGGCCUACCUUUACGUGCAGAACGCUCACCGUCAGGUUGACAGGCAUGAGGUCGUUCUGCACGUACCUCUACCACAUCACCGUCAAGUUGGCAGGCAUGAAUGUGACACAACUUGCCGUCAGGUUGACAGGCGCAAGUUGCAUGGGCAAAAUACAAGAUGAUCAUCUGAUUAUCAUGUUGGCCAUAGAAAUCAAAAGUUCAGAACCACGACUAGACGCUAACGCAACCAAAUUCUUCAAAUGGUCACUAAGUGUCUUUGUCAAGUAUAUUGCUAAGUUGGAGACUGGGCUGGGUUUUGAACAACUCUUCAAAGUGUUUGUUAAAAGUUUGGAUCAAAUUUGUGUGUUACUCGUUGUUCCAGCUUGUGUUCGAGCAUUUGCUCAAAACUAUUUGAAAUGGCUGGAGACAUGCACGGGCAAGACAAUGUAUGUUGAUGGGUACAAUACGUUACAAAAUCCACCUAAAACCCAUCCAGAAUAUUAUGACAUUAUUUUUUUCAAUUUAAAUGACGAAGACGGUUUCCUAAGAACGUUAGACAAAGGUAUUGUUGCGCAGAUGCGUAAGGACAUAAAGAUGGCAGAAGUAGACUCAAAGAACCAAGAGAUUAAAUUACUUAUGAAAAAUCAUAAAAAAACUUAUGGUCAUGAGCACGUUAAAAAUGUGAGAGCAACCGCAAGACGAUUUGAAAUCGAACCAAAACAGGUUCGCGAAUGGGUGAAGAAAAAACAAGACCUUUUGAAUGUUGCACCUUACAUCUUAACGCUUAACCGUGGUCGCCAGGCUCACUUUCCAUUGUUAGAAGAAAAGCUUGUCAAAUGGAUUAACGAACGUCGUAAUGAGCAGAAUGCUGUUACUCGAAACAUGGCUGUUAAAAAGGAUAGAUACCCUAAUAUUGGCAACUUUAAAUUUUCCCGGAGUUGGUUGGGUCGUGAAUUUUUAAGUUUUAUUUUGUUUAAACGUCGGGAAUAUAACUUUCCUGUUAAAUUUAUUGGCAACAUGGAUGAAACGCCACUCUCGUUUGAUAUGCCUAGUCCAGUUACCAUUGAAAAGCGUGGAUCUAAGACAGUGGCCAUGUGCAUUUUUAAAUUGAAAACCAUCCCUCGUGAUGUGUUUCCUCCAAACGUUAUUAUAAGAGUAAAUGAAAAAGGAUGGUGCAAUGAGCAUGAAAUGCAUUACUGGAUUAAUAACGUUUGGACUAGAUGUAGUGAAGUGGCGAAACCAGAAUCUCUUCUUGUUUUGGACUCCUUUAGGGGUCACUUAAUGGAUUCCGUUACUAAACCAUCCUAUGGUACUCUUGCUCAAUGGGUAAGAGAUUCAUGGGAAGAAGUUGAUAUUCAUUUGAUUGUAAAAGCGUUUAAGUGUUGUGGGGUUUCGGUCGAAAUGGACGGGACGGAGGAUGAUGUAGUGUUUGAUUAUGAAUUGUUAGAUGAGAAUAAAAAUGAUGGAAAUUCUGAAGUAAUGAAUUUCACUAGUAUUGACGGUGAAGAAUAUGAAGAAGUCGGAGGCAGUAAUGUUUGGGAAUAA